UUCAAUUACAGUCGUCAGCGAUGCCAUCGACCUCAAAAUACUUGCGGCUUUCAUCCUUUUUUCCUUUUUACGUGAAAGUAGCCGCAACGUUGGUGUAGCUGGUUCCGUUUUUCGCCCGACCGAGGAUGUAACGGUACUUGCGAAUGAAGCGGCGGUAGGUUAAGGUUGGCGUGUUGACAGUGACAUACGCGCGGUUUUUGCAAAAUUCCCGAUGAGUUCGUCUACAGACUCGGCGGUCGGCUUAAAGAAAAGCAAAUACUUACAAACCCGGGCGGAUCUGCUAAGGCACAAAAUGGCGCCAAAAUUGUCGAACGCCAAAACGAAUCUGGGCGGCGCUUUAGCCCAACUGCUCUUCGAAAGUUGCGAGGAUGCUUUAAAGGAAGAUUUCGGUCUCGCCCGACCUCUGCGAGGUCCGGGCGAUAAUCUGUGGGUCUCCCCUAGCGACCUCCUCAUUGGAAAGCUCGCGUUAAAGCCUCCGUUUACGCCGAAAUGCCUCCAGGCACUUACCCACAGAGGCAUCCUCCAGAUCGGCAAAGAGUUGGAGGACAGAACCGCGCACCAAGCCGAAAUGGAAAAGGAAAAGGCGUUGGAGAAAUACAGGGACGAAUUGCUGAAAACCAUGGAAGAAACACUGAAGAGUACCAUUAAAGAUGUGGAAGUAAGGGAGAGGUUGAACUGCAGCAUGUUAAUGGAGAGGCAGAACCAGGAGUUUGAAAUUAAACUAAGAGCCGAACUGGAAUCAUUGCAGAAGAAACUUGACCAACAACAUAUCAAGACGAGCAAACAUCGCGAGGAGGAUUUAAAGAUCGAUUUCAACCGUCGUUUGGAGAGGGAGAUCGAAUCUACGGUGCGCCAUUUGGCCAAAGUAUUUAUUGCGCAGUUAGACGAGCAAGAAAAACGUCUCGUCCAUAGGUUCCAGCUAGAAGUGACGGAAAAGGAGACGCUCCGUCAGUGCGAUUUAAAAAACCAGGAAAAGAAAACCGUCCAAGCGCUGAAAUUGCUCCGGCAUAAAUUGGAAUGCACCAAUUUGGUGAACAUGAUGUACGUGCUGUGUUCGGAGCGGGAGAAGUGCUGUAAACAGAAGAGGGAAAUCGAAGAUUUCUAUAGACGUGAAGGGGAAGAGUUGAGAAAUCUUUUGGUGUCCAAAGACGAACGAAUUGCUAAACUCGCGAAAGCAAAGGCACAGAAGAGCAGAGAAGUGGAAGUCCGAGAUGCUUCGCUGCUUGAAAUUCUAAAGCAGUUCCAGAAAUUUAUCAAUUUUGCACUGAAAUCGGCUCCCAAGCAAUCGGAGUUUUUGCUCUCCGUCGAGAAGAUGGUCAAUUUCAGCUCGUUUAAAGAUAUCGGUGAAACGAGAGCUUGUAAAUCGAGCGACGACGAUUUGAGGUUGUCUAAGCCCAAAUCGUCAAACGCUCACUCGGUGAAUCAAGAUCACCAAUUCAAGACGUACGUCAGGGAGAAUUUCGAGAACUUGCCCUUCACCUGUCCUGGAAUUAGACCAAGCAACGAUUUGUGGAACCAAGAUGUGGAGGUGUUGCUGGAGAACUUGAGGUGGAUGGUGUCGGACGAUCAGCUCUCUGAAAAACGUAGCAACGACGACCAUAUCACACAGUAUCCCCGACAAAGACGGUCGACCGUACAUUUCGGGAGUUCGGACGAACAAACGGCCGAAGAUAGGCCGCCCAAAGAGAUGAAACGACGGUCAUCUUUAAAGCCGUCCACGAAAUUUGAGGUCGUUCGUGAGGAAUACGAACACGUCAUCCAACGGCCCGUAAGAGUCGCGAAGAUCUUAGCCGCCAGGGACUCUCUGGAGUUGCUCAAAGAGCGAUUAGUCGCGGCGAAGGAGGAAGGAGAAGAUGAAGCCGAUGGUCAACUGAAAACUCUGAAGAAUUCCGAGCUAGGCGAGCGCGAGUCUAGCAGAAACCUGGCGGUCGAAGCGAGAGACUCUAUAAUAUUGCGCAAGGCGUCUCUGGUUAAAAGAACGGGCAGCACCGAGUUUAGAGUGACUCCCAAGGACUCGAUAGAAGUGAGAAAGGAUAAUUUAAACAGGAACAAUUUGGACAGGAGAAGUUCGAAACUGGUGACGGCCAGGGAUUCGGUAGAAAUGAUCAGGGAGUCGCUGGCGAAGCUGAAAGUACCGUCUCCUAUUUGUCGCAAGAAGGAUCAGUCCGUGCAAAGUUUUCAAACGACCACGUCAUGUUGUCACAGGUGUCGAAAGCUCGAAGAGGCUUUCUCUAUCACGCACAGCGACAUCGAGAGGGAAAUCAAGGCGUCCAGGGGGUCGUUAGACGAACGGUCGGUGAAGGUGUCCCAUAUCGAAGUAAUCGAUCGGGAUCCAUCGAUAACCGCCCAGUCGGUGGUGUCGUUUCAUCCGAAACUCGAGGUGUUUGAAGAAAAGCCAGUCGGGAAUAAAGAGGACCCCUUGCCUAAGGAAGUUAAGAAGAGAUCUACGCACGCGACUAAGACGGAGGUGGUGGGCGACGAAGAAUGCAGAGCGGGUCAGCAGUCUGCGGAAGAAUUCACCGAAGAUCGAAUUCGAUCCCUUAUCGAUAUAAUGAAGCAGCAUCCUCAUUUGAUGGCCAUGUUUACCGCUUGCAGAAGGUGACGUUUAACUAAAUACACUCCUUUCGGAUAUGUUUUUCUUUCUCAUGCGAUCGGUGCCCUGCAAACGCGCGCCACUGGCCACAGAAACAAGGGUACGCGCAGCCUCGAGACGUUAAUGCAUUUUAUAAUGCGUUUCACCUCAAUAACAACUGCAGAUUGUUUAUCGAUGUCCGGUGAAGGCAACACCGAUAAAUCCAGUUUGAAUUUAUAUUCACGCAACGCAUUCGACCAAUUAAUAUCUAGGUACGAUAUUGGA